AUGUCCACACAACAGGCAUUUUUUGAAGGCACCGAGAAAUUAUUGGAGAUCUGGUUUGCCUCUUCGGACAGUACGCAAUCGACUCAGGAUGGACGAGUACAUGACUUACGAGAAAUUUCAAAAGAUGACUGGUCAGAACUUUUGACGUAUGCCAACUGCUCUAUCUUAAGCGAAGUUUCCAGUAAUGAUAUUACUGCUUACCUUUUGAGCGAAAGCAGUUUGUUCGUAUCUUCCAAUCGUUUUAUUCUGAAAACAUGUGGAGUGACAACAUUGCUUAAUGCUCUCGCACCUUUAUUAAAGCUAGCUAAGGAGAAGUGCAAUUUUGAUAUUGUAGAGAACGCUUUCUAUUCUAGACGCAAGUUUCAACAACCUCAUUUGCAGAAAGGACCACACAAUAGCUUCGAUACUGAGGUCACCACCCUCGAGAAUUUUUUUGAAAAUGGAGCUGCUUACGCACUAGGACGGUUAAAUGGCGAUACCUGCUUGGAUCCGUCUGUAAUGGCUAAAUUUACUAUAGGUGAGCAGAGCGGUGAAGAAAUUGCUAAGGAAAUGGGAAUUGCAGAUUUAGUGCCAGGUGCAACAAUCGAUGCAAAAUUAUUCGAUCCUUGCGGUUAUUCAAUAAAUGGAGUUGUCAACAAUUUCUACUUUACCAUUCAUGUAACUCCGCAACAUUGUUGCUCAUACGUCAGCUUUGAAACUAAUUACCCACAGAGUUCCUACAGACAUAUGAUAGAAACUGUUAUCAAUAUUUUCAAACCUGGAAGCUUUGUCAUGACUUUAUUUGCAAACGAAGCUACGUCUAGAAAUUCGCAGAAUGAGUGA